AUGAAUGUCUGCGUCGCUGUGAUUUCCAAUAAGAAUAGCCCAUUAUAUUUCAAAACUUUGAAUCAAGAGGAAUCGCUAUCAUUCAAGUUUCGAGUUUAUGGUACUUUGGAUAUAAUUGAUGAUAAAGUCAGCUCCAAAAGUUUCAAAUCCUCCUACACUGAUAAGGAAGUUACCCACAAAUACUUGGGCUUGCUUUACCCAAUUGAUGACCAUUACAUAUAUGGAUAUAUUACGAACACACAUAUAAAGUUUAUACUUAUACAAGAGAGCCAUUCCACCGCCGCUGAUUUACCAAAAUCGAAUGCCCCUAGUCAUACCGAUGCCGACAUUAAAUCCAUUUUCGAAGAAAUUCACAAUGCGUAUAUACGACUUGUUUCUUCCCCAUUCUACGUUCCGGGCACACCUAUUGAUCCUUCCUUAUCUUGUGCUGCUAGAAAGUUUGACCAAGUUAUUGAGCGGAUUCUUUCGGUUUCUCCGGCAAAUUCCAAGCCCUGA